CAAAACAGCCAGGUCUCUUCAUCUGGCAAUACAAGGAUGAGUCACUAUAGGGCUCAUUCACAAGGGAAAGUGCCCUUCUCAUGGGAGAACAAACCAGGGAUCUCAAAGGUACUGAUACACCAUGAGUUCCCUAAGGAGUCAAGGGCAUGUGGAGUUAAGCUGCCACCGCCUCCCUGUCCAUCAGAAAGUACCAAGGUCGUCCUAGGCCAGGACUUACAGAUCCCUCUACCUCCAUGCCCAUUCCUGCAGUUUCCCUCUAGAAGUUCUUCAAGAAAUGGUCUCAGACAGAAAGAAGACCCUUUUUUAGCUGCUUACAAGGAGUGCACCAAAAGCAAUGGGAGUAAAAGAAGUGGCGGUGGAUCAGGAGUACUGAUGACCAUGUAUAUGUUUUCUUGCAAGCAUUCCUGUGGUGUCAGAGACGAUGGAUUGCUGCGGUUUUCUCAUCUUCCUCCUAUUCCCAGAGAUAAGCAUAAGAAGGAGUUCAAGUCCUUCAGACCACAGGAAGCGAAGGAUAUAACCAUGGAGAAAGGUUUUCAACUUGCACCUUAGAAGUGGCUUUUCAGUAUAGUGGUGAUUAAGUUCAACUCUAGGUUAUUGAUCUCUUAUUACCUGAGUAAAGAAGAUGGGUCCAUUAAUACAUGUUGUGUUCUACCAUUUGUAGAGUAUGUUAGGUUUCUAGUAUCUUCUAUUAUAGUGUGUGUUUUUAAGUAUCAGUAGGACUGUAAAGCACAAUGCUAAUGAUUUGA